CGCCGGGGAGCUGCGCGCCCGCGUACCGCCGCCGAGGAGCAAAGCCAGGGCCGCCUCAUGCCUGCGCACUUACUGCAGGAGGAGGAGUUCUCCUCCGCUUCCAGCACCACCGCUGUCGGCACCGUCACCUCCCGGGUGACCAGGAAUGGGGAUGCCGUCAUGCAGAAGGACUUAAUCAAUCAUGAGGACUUGGCAGGAGACCGGGGCAUGAUAGACGAUAUCUUUGAUGAGACCUACCGGGAGAAAGAGGGCCCCAAGCCCCCCAUGCGUUACGUCUGGAGGAAUAUCAUCCUCAUGAGCCUGCUGCAUCUAGGGGGCAUAUUCGGGUUGACGCUGAUACCUUCUGCAAAGAUCCAGACAUUGGCAUGGGCUGUUCUGUGUUUCCUGGUGAGUGCCCUGGGAAUAACAGCUGGAUCUCACCGCCUCUGGAGCCAUCGGUCCUACAAAGCCACGCUGCCCCUGCGGAUCUUCUUGACUAUUGCAAACUCCAUGGCCUUCCAGAAUGACAUCUACGAGUGGGUCCGGGACCACCGCGUCCAUCACAAGUUCUCCGAGACAGACGCGGACCCACACAAUGCCAUGCGGGGCUUUUUCUUCUCCCACAUUGGCUGGCUGCUGGUGCGCAAGCACCCAGACGUCAUAGAGAAGGGCCAGAAGCUAGAUCUGAGCGACAUAAAGGCUGACAAAGUGGUGAUGUUCCAGCGGAGAUACUACAAACCCUCGGUGGUGUUGCUGUGCUUCACGCUGCCCACUGUAGUGCCCUGGUACUUCUGGGAUGAAUCCAUCGUCAUCAGCUUCUUCAUUCCAGCCAUCCUGCGCUACACCAUAGGGCUCAAUGCCACUUGGCUAGUGAACAGUGCUGCUCACAUGUUUGGCAACCGGCCGUACGAUCAGCACAUCAACCCACGGGAGAACCCUCUGGUCAGCCUGGGGGCCCUAGGAGAAGGCUUCCACAACUACCACCACACCUUCCCCUACGACUAUUCCACCAGUGAGUUUGGCUGGCGCUUCAACUUAACCACAGCCUUCAUCGACCUCAUGUGCCUCCUGGGGCUGGCCAGCGAUCGCAAGAAGGUCUCCAAGGAGGUCAUCCUGGCUCGGAAAAUGAGGACUGGAGAUGGGAGUCACAAGAGUGGCUGAGUUCCUGCUGUCCUUCACACACACAUCCGCACCUCUCCUUCCUCCUUUUUUCUCCCUUUUUUCCUUCCUGACCCCUCCAAACACGCUGGACAAAGGUUUAACGUUCUGUUUACUAACUACUGAAUAAUGCUACCAGUUUGCUUAAGAUAAUGAUAAUGAGUUUUAACCCCCCCCUCCCACGCUGUAUUUUACGUGAUGUAUUUAAGAUCUAGGACUCUGCUUUUAUAACGCAAGGCCACCCCUUUUCCUCCUCUCCUUUUCCUUU